CCAUUAGAAAGGUUUCUUCAAGUGCUGAAGCAAGAGGACCUGACUGAUCACCCCUGUUAUACAAAGCACGUGAAGCAGGAGGACGACUACAGGGAGAAGAUUCCGUGUGCCAAGAUGUCAAAACAGUAGUAAAUCCUAGCCCAGCAGAGAAGGGCCAUGAGGCUUUUCUAUCUACUGCAGCUGGUCUGCUUGGCUGGUUGUAGUGCAUCUACAUCAAGAGAUUGGGCUCAUCAUGGCGCUCCCAUGUUUGCCGACCUCACAGUACGUGAGAUGAAAGCUGUUCGGGCCUACCUGCAUGGUAUUCAAGAGCUGGAGCUCACUGAUGCUCGUAGCAAGACUCUGAUGAAAAACAGCAUCCUCCUGAUCGAACUCCAUGUGCCAAGAAAGCAUGAAGCCCUGAGAGCUCUGGACCGUGGACAGGCCAAACCACCACGUCAAGCGCGUGUGAUUAUCCAGUUCGGGAACCAAACCAACCCCAACAUCACUGAGUACAUUGUCAGUCCUCUGCCGACCCCAAAGACCCACGAAGUCAAGACUUUCAAGGGGGAUAGGCCUGUCCGCUUUGAUUCAAGGCCUAUUUCUGCAGUAGAGUAUGACCAUAUUGAAGAUUUGCUCAAGAAGAUUGCGAUUCAAGCUCACAAGCUCCUGUUUGAGACCACAGGAGGGUUUUCCUACACUAACUGCUCUGACCGCUGCCUGACGUUCUCAGACAUAGCUCCCCGUGGGCUGGAUUCAGGUGAGAGGAGAAGCUGGAUCAUGUUGCAGAAGUUUGUGGAGGGGUAUUUCAUCCACCCAGUUGGGUUUGAGGUUCUGAUCAACCACCAGGAUCUGGAUCCAGAAAAGUGGACUGUUGAGAAGGUCUGGUACAACAGCAUGUACUUUGACAGUGUUGAGGAACUGAUAGAAAAAUAUGAAUCAGGAGGUGUGGAGAAGAUCAAACUGCCCGAUCAUGACGACAAGGACCUCUACUCCACCUACAUCCCCCGGGGCCACAGCAACACUCGCACUAAUGUCCAUGGUCCGAAGCUUGUGGAGCCUCAGGGGCAUCGCUAUGAAGUUGACCACAACUUUGUUGAAUAUGCCGGAUGGUCUUUUGCCUACCGAGUCCGCUCAUCCGCUGGGCUUCAAGUCUUUGACCUUCGUUUUAAUGGAGAAAGGAUUGCCUAUGAGAUCAGCCUCCAAGAAGCAAUUGCCUUUUAUUCUGGUGAUACUCCCGCUGCAAUGCAAACAAAGUACAUAGAUGCUGGUUGGGCAAUGGGCACCUUAUCCUACGAGCUGGCGCCUGGAAUCGACUGUCCAGAAAUUGCCACCUUUGUGGACCUUUACCACUACUAUGACACCGAUAAACCUGUGCGUCACAAAAAUGCACUCUGUAUUUUUGAGAUGACCACUGCUGUGCCUUUGAGAAGGCAUUUUAACUCUGACUUCAAGGGCGGAUACAACUUCUAUGGAGGGCUGGAUAACACGGUGCUGGUGUUGCGGACAACCUCAACGGUUUACAACUAUGAUUACAUCUGGGACUUCCUCUUCUACCAGAAUGGGGUGAUGGAGGUAAAGGUCAGCGCUACCGGAUACAUCCAUGCCACUUUCUUUACACCUAACGGACUUCACUAUGGUACCAAGGUGUACAACUAUGUGCUGGGUAACCUGCACACACACCUCAUCCAUUAUAAAGUGGACCUGGAUAUUGCUGGGCGAGAGAACAGCUUUGAGACGAUUGAUCUGAGAUAUGUCAACUUCACCAAUCCCUGGAGCCCAAAGCAUUUCAUCGUCCAGUCCAAACUCCACAGAACAGAGCACAAGACCGAGCGAUCUGCCGCUUUCCGCUUUGGCAAAAAGUUCCCCCGUUAUGUGCACUUUUACAAUGCCAAUGAGAAAAAUAAAUGGGGACACCAGAAGGGAUACCGGAUUCAGUUUAACUCACAUGCCGACAGCGUCCUUCCAAGAGGCUGGAGAGAGGAAAAUGGCAUUAGUUGGGCAAGGUAUCCUCUGGCUGUGACUCGUCAUAAAGAUAGUGAAGCCACCAGCAGCAGCAUAUACACCCAGUGUGACCCAUGGGAACCUGUUGUGUCCUUUGAGGACUACAUCCGCAACAAUGAAGACAUAGUCAACCAGGACCUGGUAGCCUGGGUGACAGUGGGCUUCCUGCAUGUGCCUCAUUCAGAAGACAUCCCCAACACGGCAACACCCGGCAACGCAGUGGGCUUCUUCCUCCGGCCCUUCAACUUCUUCGAUGAAGACCCUUCGUUGUCUUCCAGAAGCACCAUCAUUGUCCGGCCGGGACAGGACGGCAAGCCCAAGAUCCAGAGAUGGACACCUGAGGUCGUAGGUCACUGUGUGACAGACAAGCCAUUCUUUUACAAUGGCACUCUUGCAAGAGUCUAGAGGUGUUUCUUUGGGUUUCCCAAAAAGUAUUUUGGCUCUAAUACAAUUUUUGCAAGGAUCUCAGAUUAUAUAACAAUCAAUUUAUAAUAGAUAAGGUCAGAUUCAUUCUUAACAAUGUCUUACAAUGUAACAGCCUUAUGAGAUUUUGUGCAAUGUUUAAAUUUAUGAAAGAAACUAAAUCCAUGUAUUAAGAAAAGAAUAAAGAAUUAGAGCAUUUAAAAAAAAGUUGAUUUUGUGUUUUUGUCAUAUGAGCCUGUUGUGGCUGGUUAUAUAUAACAACAUUUUUUAAUUUUUUAGCUGCAGACUACACAUUGCAAGUUGCAUAAAUCGCACGUGUUGGUUAUGCAUUUCUCCCCUGUAUCUCUCCAAUCUUUCCUGCUGUGUCGAAUGAAGAAAAAACAUGGAUUUUUAACCCAAAUCAUUUAUAUGUAAAGUUAAUGUUAAUGUUAAAGUUACUGUACCACCAUACCAAAUCAAACUAUACAUGUAACCUGGCAGGGGGAAGGGGAGCAUGCGGUCCUUGAGAGCUCCUCUAAUCCCAUGUUGGGUCUCCAUGGCUGAGGUUUAGCAGCAGCAAGCAUCCAGGAUGCAGGAUGCUCUGUAUCCGCCCUGCUUGUAGUAAACUGCUGUCCCUCACUAUGCUCGUCUUGUCCCCAUGGUGGGAUUUUUUUCUCCUGGAAGGACAACAGGCCUUACAGAGCAAACAGCCUGAUUCCGGAUCCUUCCCCGCAAACAGUCCAGGAUACCACCUGGCUGCCCCAUCGCCCCUGGAAACCUAACUUUACAUACAAUGUGACACAAUAUACAGAGAAUCAAUAACAGCUCAUGUUACUGUUCCUUUAUGUACGCAUUCCUAACAUAGCAAUGUCACUUAACAGUUCUCAAGCAAAAGAUAAUAAGGUGCCAAAUAAAUGAAAAUGUCAUAUUG